AUGGCAAGCAAUAUCACCAACAUCAUUGUUAAUGUGUUCCCGGACCCCCGUCCACCCACCUCCGCCCAAUCCUCCCCAUCUCCCUCUGCCUCCGGGACCAAUCGGUCCAUGGGCCAGCAGUUGGUGGCUUCACCGGGCUUUUGGGCCCUCAUGAUUGUUGUCGCCGGAUGCCUUGCUGGAGCAGGUUAUUUUUUUUGGAGGAGGCCAGCCUCCAAGAGCGUGGACAUUGAGGGUACCCCCCUCAAAGACAUCAGUGUGGGCGAGCAGCCCAAGCAGACCAGCGAAGAAAUCCACACAGUGGAUGAUGUCGAGGCCCAUCCGCCUCUUGUGACCCCCAAGACUCCCGAGGCCUGCGCGCCCUCCACCACACCCAAGAAGAAGAAGAGGCUGAGCUCCGGAGAAAUGGCCAGCCUAAGUACCCUCGCCCGUAAUACUACACACGGGAUGAAGGAGGGGAUGAAAGAGGGCUUGGGAGUCCAGCUGACUGGGAUCGUUUGCUGA